AUGUCGCCGUCCAUCAAGAGCACCGAUCGGUCGCGCGGCGCCGCGUCUGCCGACGACGAUGACAUCAACACGCUCCCGCCCGACGAGCACACCCGCCUGUUGCCAAACCGUGUCGACUCGAGCCGCGGUAUGCUCACGCCCGACGACCCCGCCGUGACGCCCUACAACCUCUGGAGCAUCCGCCUGCUGCGCUGGGUCACCGUCAUCUUCACGCUCGUCACCUUUUUCUGGUGGGUGAUUGUGCUCGUGUCCACGUUUGCGACGCUGCCCGGCUUCCACGUCCGCGGCGGCGGCUUCUACGCGUAUGGCUUCACCAGCUUGGCUCUUGCUAACAUGCUCUUCACGCUUCUCUUCUUCGAGAUCCCGGCGCAAGCAGUCAGAAUCCUGUCUCUUGUCAUGGCAUUUGUGCUCAUGGUCGACAUGAUUAUCCUGGUGGCUGUGCAAAAGACAAGGUACGAGGAAGGCAUGGUGGGCAUCGUGAGUGUCACCUGGGCGCUCCUCUUGAGUCUCUGGACGAUUUUAGUCGACAGGACGGUGAAAUGGGGCAAGGCUGAAGAGGAGGAGCGUCUGACGGGCCGCGCCGAGACGCGCCGCACCCUCAGUCAGUGGCUCGCCGUGCUCCUCUCCAGCGUCGGCUACACCAUUAUGGUGAUUGCCUCUGUCCUCAUGGCGCUCACUAUUGUUAUCCGCGCUCUGGAUGCCAAGUUUGCGCAGCCCGGAACGCUGCAUUGGGUCGACGGCGGCAAGUAUCGCAUUCAUGUCUACUGCCAGGGCAAUGUCACGGCCUUUGACGGCUCCAAGCACACAACGGUUUUAUUCGAAGGCGGCGAGCGACCUGUGGAGGAUGGCCUUUGGCAGUUUGCAAACGAGGCCCUCGACAGCGGUUCCAUUGGCCGCUACUGCUUCGCGGAUCGUCCUGGCGUCGCUUGGUCUGACACGGCGCCGUCGCCUCUUUCUGCUGGGUUCGCCGUCGACGCACUCAGCGAGGCUCUCGCCGCGGCCGGUGAGCGCGGUCCUUGGGUUCUCGCCAGCGCUGGCAUUGGGUCGCUGUACUCUCGCGUCUUCUCCGCCCGCCACGGCCGCGACGUCCACGGCAUCCUCCUCAUCGACCCUUUGCACGAGGACCUGCUCGCGCCCCUAGCCUCGUCCUCGCGCGGCUUUCUGCUGUGGCUCCGAGGCAUCCUGUCGCCCCUCGGUCUGGACCAGCUCCCCGGCGCCCUCUUCCAGGGCCGGACGAGCCAGGACCGCGUGUACGGGCGGUCGGUGCAGCAGACGAGCAAGAACAUCUUUGCGCGGCUGCAGGAGAGCCUGGUACUUAACUCGUUCACCAAGCGUGACGUCGGCAGCAGCAGGCAGAUCCAGGACCGCAGCGUGCCGCUGGCCGUCAUCAGCUCGGGCCAGCACAUCAAGAAGGACCACGGGUGGGAGUCCAAGCAGCGCGACCUGACCAAGCUAACGGACAAGCUACUCAAGUGGGAUAUUCUGGACGAGGCUCCGCCGCACGUUUGGAAGACGGAAGCUGGACGCGAUAAGAUGGAGGCGCGCCUGAGGCAGCUGUUGAGAGGCAAGGCGUAG